AUGAAGUUCCAGAACAUUCUAUUCGUUUCCGCCACAUUUUUGUUCACCGUCGUGACGGCUGAUACCCUUCUCCGGUCACAACUUCUGAAGAAGAUAGAUAAACGUGACACACUUCUCAAAGCUCUGCCAGUUAAGCAAAGGGAGGAAAAAAGAGUUAUGAUUGUUUUCAAGAAUGGAGAAAAUGAGAAAGCUGAGUUUGAAAAUGCUCGUGGAAGACAUAGAGAGGAUAAAGCAAGAGUCAUUGUUACUUUUAAAAACGGAGAAGUCUCAAAACAACAUCAUGAAUCACUCCCAAUCAAGCAACGGGAGGAUAAAAAAGCUAUGAUUAUCUUCAAGAAUGGGAUGGAAUCAAAAUUCAAGAAGAUUGCCAAGAGAGACACACUUUUGAAAUCCCUUCCAACCGGAGACAAGCGAGUUCAACAAGACGCUCUUCUCAAUGCUCUUCGUUCCCGUUACCACAACCUUAAAGGAAUCUCCAAACGCGACACUCUUCUCAGAUCGCUCCACGGUUCUGACAAAAGAGCCAAAGUAAUUGAGCCAAAGACAUCUGUCAGAGUUUUUCUCAAGUCGGGUAAAGUUGAUGAGAGAAAACCAUUGACUGUUGCUGAAAAGAAGAAGGAUAUCGAAUUGAAAAGAGACGUAAUGUUAACUUGGAGAUCCGCCGAAAACAAGAAUUUAUCGGAAAAGCAGAAAGCCCUCCUCGCCGCUCGUCAAAGAGACGCCUUCAGAGCAUUCUUUAAGAACAGAAGAGCCGUUGCUCAACAUGAUACUCUUCUCAGAGAUGAAAAUCAGCCGGAACCGCCACGCAAGAAGAGAGACAUUGCUGCCACUGUUGUCGGCGCCGCAGUCAGUAGUGUCGUUUCGAAUUUGAUGAAAAAUGUGGAAGAGAGUGUUGUGAAAGCGGAGAAUGACGCGAAGAAAGUGCAAGCUGAUCUCGAUUCCGAUCAGGGCAGGAUUAUAGGAGAAGGGGAAUUUAUUGUAUCUCAAGACACUGCAAACUUUGCUCCAAAUAAACCACCUGUAGUUCAUGAAGUUGUUCCACUUCCGUUUGUUCCAGUCAAAGCUUAUGAUGCACCAAAAUCAAACGACAUCGUGCCAAAACCAGUCGCUCCAGUUCAUGCUGAUGUCGAAGUCAUCGCGGGAACCGACGUUUCAAGCAGCACAUCCACUGCUAAACCAGCAACAGAGAGAAAGGGAGUCUUUGCAACUCUCUUCAAUUCUAUCAAACUUUUCUUCGGAACCGUCACUAAUUCUGUCGGAGGAUUCUUCAUUGACAUGGGAUCGCGUAUCACCAAUUUUGUGGAGAAGCGCAUCAAGGUCUAA